AUGUCUAUCUAUCAUAUUUUUGCAUCUAUCUGUCUGUCUGAUUAUCUAUCUAUCUAUCUAUCCUCAUCUUUUCAUAUCUAUCUAUCUAUCUAUCUAUCUAUACUCAUCUUUUCAUAUCUAUCUAUCUAUCUAUCUUCUGUCUGCUCUCACUUCUCUCUCUCUCUCUUCUCACUGUUUCUUCUCUAUCUCUUCGCUCAUUUUUCUCUCUCUGUCUCUCACUUCUCUGUCUCUCUUCUCUCUCUCUCUCUCACUUCUCCCUCUUCUCUCUCUCACAUCUCUCUCUCACUUCUCUCUCUUCGCACUCUCUUCUCUUUCUUCGCUCUCUCUUCUCUCUCUCACUUCUCUCUCUUCUCUCUCAUUUCUCUCUCUCUCUCUCACUCAGCCAAUUAUUUUUAUCUAUCUAUCUAUCUAUCUAUCUAUCUAUCUAUCUAUCUAUCUAUCACCACUGUUCGCUAUCUAUCUCAGUCUGUUCAUAUAUAUCUAUCUCAGUUGGUUCAUAUCUAUCUAUCUAUCUAUCUAUCUAUCUAUCUAUCUAUCUAUCUAUCUAUGUCUCUUCAUAUCUAUCUAUCUAUCUUAGCCUGUUCAUAUCUAUCUAUCUAUCUAUCCAUCUAUCUAUCUAUCUAUCUAUCUAUCUAUCUAUCUAUCUAUCUAUCUAUCUGUCUGUCUGUCUGUCUAUCUCAGCCUGUUCAUAUCUAUCUAUCGACAUCUCUUUGUUAUUUAUAUCAAUUUGUUCAUAUCUAUCUAUCUAUCUAUCUAUCUAUCUAUCUAUCUAUCUAA